GUGACAUUGACAAUUUGCCAAUGUUGUUUGACGAAUAUACUGUGAAUGUACGAUGUCGGAGAAUAAACGGAAUCGAAAAUCCAAUCAAAAUAAGGAGCCGAAGCGUCCAAUUAUUUUGGCGAAAAAAAGUGAAGAAAAAUCAUCGGCGACAUCGGAUAAACCGCGAAUUUUACUCAAACCAAAAGAUACAUCAGAUCAAAGGCACAACAAUGUUACAUCUACCACACAAAUUAGCAUUGCAUCGCGACCGAUUGAAUCUGGUUCGUGCAAUAUUGAAUCAAGUAAAUCAAGAUUACAGUCGGGACUGACACCUGCAUCAUCAUCAUCAUCAUCGUCAACACCAACAACAGCUAAAGACAGCAAAGAAUCAUCAAAUACAAAUGAGAAUGCGACCACUGAAACCAAAUUGCCAUCGAUGAAAAAGCCAUUUUUAAUCAUUUCCGAUCAUUAUCAAAUUCAGAGUCAUGCACAAGAUUUUCUCAUCGAAACGAAUUCGGACUUUGUUGUAGUUGGUGUGAUUGGAACGCAAGGAAGUGGAAAAUCAUUUUGUUUAAAUUUACUGAACGAUGAUGAGGCAAACUAUGAUGACAUUGCACACGUGAAUCGAUUGAUAAAAGGCGAAACCGGCAUAUUUCGAAUGCGAAAUCAAAUGAAAGAAAUGCUAUCCAAUUUAAUUUGUACCGAAGGCAUUCAAAUGUAUGUAACAAAACAUCGUACAAUUCUGCUCGAUUGCAGCGCAGUACUGUGCAAUCCAUACAAAAAAGAAGCCAUUUUCAACGAACUGGACGAUUUGAAAAUGCUUAUUUUCCUAUUGAAUGUAUGCAAUACGGUUGUGGUUGUCGAAGACUGUGGUUUCAAUUUACAUUUAAUGCGUUUACUAGCGAUGGCGGAAAGUAUGAAAAUUGACGUUUAUGAAAAUGUUAACGAUUUGCAUGAACGACGAAAACAUUCGCCAAAUAUAAUUUUGUUCAAGAAUAAAUGUCAAAACCAUGAUUUUCUUGUUGAAAAUAAAUUGAGAACGAACAAUUUGUAUCGCACAUUUUUCCAGUACAGCGGCUUGAAAACCAUUCCAUCGAUUCGAAGCCAAGAGAAAAAGUCCAACAACGAAGAUGAUGACAUGGAUGUAUUUUAUUUUCCGUGGAUUGAAUUGAAUGAGAAAAACCACUAUCAAGCACAUCCUGACCUAGAUAUUGUUAUAGCUGCGUUUCGUGAGCGUGUUUUCAUGACACCAGGGACACCGUUCACCGUUUCAAAUCAACAAGCAACUGUAUUCACUGAGAAACAUUGGUUUCAUUUGGCGUUAGCCGUCUGGGAAUCGUAUAAAACAAGCUAUUUUCUGCGAAAAUUCGAGUCACUCAAAGAAAAAGAAUGGGCUUUAAGAGUUUAAAUUAAUCGUUUUUUCUAGGGGGGAGACAAAAAAGAAUAAAUUCCGAAUCCACUAUAUAAUUUACUAAUCCAGCUAUUCGAAAAACACAAAUGUGAAAUCGAAACUAUUUUUCCUAUUCCAUGCACUG